AUGAUGCACCCUCUGCGCAAGUGUCUGCCUCUUUAUCUCCUCAUAUGUCUUGGACUUCAUCAUGGUAAGAAUUUUACAUUUCUUAAUUUGUCUCAAAAUCAAAAAUAUUCCUGUCACUCAUCUUUUUUAUUUCUACAUUCACAGCUCUGAGUGCUAGAAUCAUACCUUGUCAAAAGGUCCCAGAAAACCAAAUGCAGCACAUGGUCUCCUUGCAGAACGAUGCAGGUAAACAUGUCUGUGGAGGAUUUCUCAUCAGGGAAGAUUAUGUGCUGACUGCUGCACACUGUGCUGAUCAGUAAGUAACAACAAAAUAAUAGCAAACCAGGCUAACAUUCAACAAAAACAUGGACCAGAUUUGAAUACCCCAUUUAACUCCCUGGUUUUUAUUUUAUUUUUUUUCUGCAUGCUUUGGAAAGUCUCUGUUAACCUUUUUAUGUUGACUUUCUUAGGAGACCCACAAGUGUUGUUCUGGGCACCCACAAUCUCAGGAAGGUUGAUAAUAACGCAAUGAGAAUCCGAGUGGAGCCAUGCAAGCAUCCAUUGUAUACAAAUGUCGGUUCUGGUCAUGACAUCAUGCUCCUCAAAGUAAGUAUUUAAUAAUCCAUCCUAGAGCCCCAGGGGAAAAAUAAUCUUGAGGUAAAUUUUUUUGUACAUUUUAAAAUCUUUACUUUAAUUUACCCUAAAAUGUUCAAGUUUUCUUCAAAUUUUGACCAGCUGAACUAAAUCCACAAUUAAAAAAAAAAAAAGAAAUCCCAGAGGGACUGAUGCUGAAGUGUUUAUAUCUGUGUGCUCACUACUUUUUGAUUUUGCCUCCUUGUGUCUCCAGCUGUUGAAGACAGCUACGCUGGGCAAAACAGUGCAACUGGUUCAACUUCCACAAUCUGGCUUCAACAUCAAAGACAACACAAAGUGCCGUGUUGCUGGUUGGGGUUACACAACAACUGUUGGUCAACCAGUUGAUGAGCUUCAAGCAACUGAUGUAAAUGUCAUUAACCUGGAAACCUGUAAGAAGAUAUGGUGGGAGAAGCCUUACUCCUUCAAACUCCCCGCCAAUGUUAUCUGUGCUGGUGGAUAUGGCACAACACAUGGUUUCUGUCGGGUAUGUUUUGUGUUCGUCUAAAAUACUUCGUCUUCUCUUGGUUAAACGGUCAGAAGUCACUGUUAUAUCAACUGAUCUUGAUUCUUCCUCACAGGGUGAUUCUGGAGGCCCCCUGGUGUGUGGUGACACAGCUGUUGGUGUUGUGUCGUUCAACUGUCAUGGUAAUUGUGACUACCCGAAUGUUCCCAAUGUCUACACAGAUGUAUCUAAAUACGUUCCCUGGAUUAGAAAGAUACUGGCGCAGAGGAGCUGUUACGCAUGA